CAAGAAGGUUUUGAAUACGUAUGUCUACGCUUGCAUGUUGCAAUGUUCGGAGGGAGAGACAGAGAUGGCAGGGCAAGAGAGGAUGACGGAGCGACGGUGCCGCGCGUGCGGACCAAGCGAGACGAUAUUCGUGGGAGAAAGAAAGGCGCGAGACGGACGAAGGCAACGAUAUUCGCGGACGAGGGUUUGGUUUUCGCCGACGCUCCCUGAGGCAGAGUCGGGCUCUUGCGACUUCUGAACCCCCGCCCAUCUCCAACCCUGUCUCGUUGCCGCAUUUUGGUGGGUUUCGCAUAGCAACGUUUUGAUCUUGGCUUGCCAGUUCAAGUCAGUAGCAGAUGGCCUCUUCUAAUAGCAGUGAGAAUGUGGUGCAAUCCAAAGCUUGUGGGGAGGGAGAUACAAAUGUGUGGACAAAAUCCUCUGAGAUUCCUGACAAACAACCAAAUAAAUCUCCUAAUUGCGAUGUUUUCAAGAGUGGGUAUCUCUUUAUUUCAUCUAAAGGAAUAGGUUGGACAUCAUGGAAGAGACGUUGGUUUGUCCUUACAGAAAAAUCAUUGGUCUUCUAUAGAGCUGAUCCUGCGACCGUCCCUCAAAAAGGAAAUGAGACAAAUGCAAGCCUCGGUGGUAUUGACUUGAAUAGUUCUGGAAGUGUUGUUAUAAAAGCAGACAAAAAGCUUUUAACGGUGCUUUUCCCAGAUGGUCGUACUUUUACCUUAAAGGCAGAAACUUCUGAAGAUCUGUUCGAGUGGAAAGCUGCACUGGACAAUGCUUUGGCACAGGCACCUAGUGCUGCACUUGCAAUGGGGCAAAAUGGGAUAUUCCAAAAUGAUACUAGUGAAUCAAUCGAAGCUUCAGAUGAUCCAUGCUCCCAGCCAUCAGACUGAGUGAUAUCUGAUUCAUGAAGCUAUGAUAUACAUAUAGGUCAGUUU